AUGCAUAAGUGGUUACGCAUUACUGUACCUGUAGCUUCUUCGUUAUCAUUGUCAUUCAAGAGUCAACUAAGAGUAUUUUCAAGACAAUUAGUAACGUCUAGGACUUUCUUAGGUUACCAGAGAAAAUAUAUAGACAAUACAAGCUUACAACUACAAAGUCAGCAGUGGAGAUUUUUCAGUAUGAGUGAUCUUGAUAGCUUACCUCCAGUAGAUCCAAAGACUGGUGAGAUCAUUGUCAAUCCACUUAAGGAAGAUGGUAGUGAGAAAACUGCAAAGGAGAUAGAAAAGGAGAAGAAAAAAGCUGAAAAGUUGUUGAAAUUUGCAGCAAAACAGGCUAAAAAGAAGGCCACCACAGCAAACAGCGAUUCAGCAGAGAAAAAGGAUAAGAAGAGUAAGAAGAAGAAAGAAGUGGAGCCAGUUCCAGACUUUGUUGACAAGACAGUAGCCGGUGAGAAAAAAAUUUUGGUUUCAUUGGACGAUCCUGCAUUGAAGGCAUACAAUCCUGCGAAUGUUGAAAGUUCGUGGUAUGAUUGGUGGGUUAAAUCAGGUUUCUUUGAACCUGAAUUUACCAAUGAUGGUAAAGUCAAGCCAGAAGGGCUUUUCUGUAUUCCAGCCCCACCACCAAAUGUUACGGGUGCCUUGCACAUCGGACACGCUUUGACCAUCUCUAUUCAAGAUUCUUUGAUCCGAUACAAUAGAAUGAAGGGCAAAACAGUUUUGUUCCUGCCAGGUUUUGAUCACGCCGGUAUCGCUACCCAAUCUGUGGUUGAAAAACAGUUAUGGGCCAAAGACAAGAAGACUAGACACGAUUUUGGCAGAGAGGCGUUUAUUGAAAAGGUUUGGGAAUGGAAAGAAGAAUACCAUCAAAAAAUCAAGAGCCAAAUUCAAAAUUUAGCCGCAUCUUACGAUUGGAGCCGUGAAGCUUUCACUUUAUCUCCAGAACUUACCAAAUCUGUGGUAGAGGCUUUCGUUAGAUUGCAUGACGAUGGUACCAUUUACCGUGCUUCAAGAUUGGUAAAUUGGUCAGUUAAAUUAAAUACCGCUAUUUCUAAUCUGGAAGUAGAGAACAAAGACGUGAAGGGCAGAACGUUAAUAAGCGUUCCAGGCUAUGAUGAGCAAGUUGAAUUUGGUGUAUUGACGUCAUUUGCGUACAACGUUGUUGACUUAGAUGAAAGGCUAAUCAUUGCCACCACAAGACCAGAAACUAUGUUCGGUGAUACAGCUAUCGCUGUUCAUCCAGACGAUUCUCGCUACAAACACUUGCACGGUAAAUAUGUCCAACAUCCUUUCUUACCUAGAAAAAUGCCAAUCGUUUGCGACAGCGAGGCUGUCGAUAUGGAGUUCGGUACUGGUGCUGUCAAAAUCACACCUGCUCAUGACCAAAACGAUUACAACACAGGAAAACGCCAUAACCUAGAAUUUAUUAAUAUUUUCACCGAUGAUGGCUUGUUGAACGAAAAUUGUGGUCCUGAAUGGCAAGGAAUGAAGAGAUUCGAUGCAAGAAAGAGGGUCAUCGAAGAGCUCAAGGCUAAUGGUUUAUACAUCAGCCAAGAAGAUAAUGAAAUGACUAUUCCAACUUGUUCAAGAUCUGGUGAUAUUAUCGAACCCUUGUUGAAACCACAGUGGUGGGUUUCCCAAGGUGAAAUGGCUAAAGACGCCAUUCAUGCUGUUAAAAAUGGUGAUAUAACUAUCACUCCAAAAUCAUCAGAAUCGGAAUACUUCCACUGGUUAGGAAAUAUUCAAGACUGGUGUAUUUCUAGACAGUUAUGGUGGGGCCACCGUUGUCCAGUUUAUUUUGUCUCUAUUGAAGGUCAAGAAAAUAGCAAAAAUGAUGGUGAAUUCUGGAUCGCAGGCAGAACUUUGGAAGAAGCUCAAGAGAAGGCCAAUAUCAAAUUUGUUGGUAAAAAAUUCACACUGGAACAGGACGAAGAUGUUUUGGACACUUGGUUCUCUUCUGGACUAUGGCCAUUUUCUACUUUGGGGUGGCCAGAUAAAACGAAGGAUCUCGAGACAUUCUACCCAUUCUCCAUGCUAGAAACAGGAUGGGACAUUCUGUUCUUCUGGGUUAGUAGAAUGAUCUUUUUAGGUAUCAAAUUGACCGGUUCUGUCCCAUUCAAAGAAGUGUUCUGUCACUCCUUGGUUCGUGAUGCUCAAGGUCGUAAAAUGUCCAAAUCUUUGGGAAAUGUUGUCGAUCCAUUAGACGUGAUUCGGGGUAUUAAAUUGGAGGAUCUCCAUGCUAAAUUAUUGUUGGGUAAUUUGGAUCCAAGAGAAGUCGAAAAAGCCAAAGCUGGUCAAAAAGAAUCCUAUCCCAACGGUAUUCCACAAUGUGGUACUGACGCCAUGAGAUUUGCACUUUGUGCUUACACUACCGGUGGUCGUGAUAUUAAUUUGGAUAUUUUGCGUGUUGAAGGUUACAGAAAGUUUUGUAAUAAAAUUUAUCAGGCUACCAAGUUCGCACUGAUGAGAUUAGGGGAAAAUUACAAACCACCUUCCAGCGAGGGCCUGUCCGGUAACGAAUCAUUGGUCGAGAAAUGGAUUUUGCAUAAAUUAACCACAACGUCCAAGAUUGUAAAUGAAGCUCUUGACAAACGUGAUUUCUUGAAUUCUACCAGUGCAAUUUAUGAAUUCUGGUAUAUGAUUUGCGAUGUUUAUAUCGAAAACUCCAAGUAUUUGAUUCAAGAAGGCACAGAAGCCCAACAAAAAUCGGCCAAAGACACAUUGUACAUUUUGAUAGACAACGCUCUGAGAUUAAUUCAUCCUUUCAUGCCAUUAAUUUCCGAAGAGAUGUGGCAACGCUUACCAAAGCGUUCCACAGAAAGGAGUGAAACAAUUGUGAAAGCUGCCUAUCCAAUUUAUGAAUCUGAAUAUGACAAUUUGAAGGCAGCAAAAGCAUACGACUUGGUUUUGGAUAUCACGAACAAGGCGCGCUCUUUACUAGCUGAGUUCACUAUUUUGAAAAACGGAAAGGUCUUUGUUGAAUCCCAACAUGAAGACUCAUUUGAAACAGCCAAAUCACAGCAAGAUUCAAUUGUUUCUUUAAUUAAAGCUAUUGAUGAAGUGACGGUUGUUCGUGACGGCUCUGAAAUCCCUGAUGGUUGUGUCUUGAGAUCUGUCAACCCAGAAGUAAAUGUUCAUUUAUUAGUGAAAGGCCAUGUUGAUAUUGACGCUGAGAUCGGCAAGGCGGAGAAGAAGUUGGAAAAGGUCUCAAAGACUAAGAGUGGAAUCGAAAGUACAAUGGGCAGUAAAGAUUAUGAAUCAAAAGCUAAUGACCAAGCCAAAGAAGCAACCAGGUUGAGAUUAGAAAACUCCAUCGCUGAAAUCGAAGGUUUGAAAGCUACUAUUGAAAAUUUGAAACGCCUCAAAUUAUAA